AACUACAACAUUAAACCCUAGAAAUAUAUUUAAGCCCUCUUUCGCCUCCAAACCCUUUUCUUUUCCUGAUUACAAUCGCCGGACUUCUGCCAACUUCUCUCCUUCUUCCUUCACACUUUCUCGAACCCUAAAACCCAAAUCCAGUCAUGAAGAUCGUCGCCGCUUACUUGUUGGCUGCUUUGGGCGGUAAAGCUAACCCUACUCAGGCUGAUGUUAAAAGUAUUCUUGCAUCAGUGGGUGUUGAAGCUGAUGAGGACAGACUUCAAUUGUUCUUUGACCAAGUUUCUGGCAAAGACAUCACAGAACUAGUCGCUGCAGGAAGAGAAAAGCUUGCAUCUGUCCCAGCUGGUGGAGGUGCAGUUGCAGUAUCAGCUGCUCCAGCUGGUGGUGCCGGUGGUGCUGCCGCCGAGGCUCCCAAGGAGGAGAAGAAAGUUGAAGAGAAAGAAGAAUCCGAUGAUGACAUGGGUUUCAGUCUCUUCGAUUAAGUCAGAAGAAGCCGAGCUUUACAUGAAGUCGUCGUCUUUUAAAAGUAGCUCAAGUUUUGUUUUGCUAUUUGGAGAUGUUUUUAGUUUUUUCUUGGAGAUUUUACGUUUCUUUUAGCUAAUGUUUGAGGGAUUGGCAGACUAUUAGUUAUGUUGGAUUAUGUGGUAAGUGGUAAUCAAUCAUCCAAUAUAUAUUAUACUUUUGGCAUCCUUGGCAUUCAUACCUGAUUAUUCUAAGGCACAGCUUAUUGCUUUUGCUUGAUUGCA